AUGUCUGCUCCGCCCCGUCCAGUUCCUCAUCCUCAGGCUAUAUUUUCUCUCUUGCCUUUAAACGAAAAUGCGCACGCUGUCAUUCAAAACCCAUCCAACUAUCAUCUUCUUUCCAAUCAUAUUGACGGGAUGCACAAACAGCAAGUUGUGCUAAAUGUUGGCUUCCAGAUUGGCUCAGCCGCACGAUAUACGUUGGCGACUCUAGGGCGCAAUGGCGACAUCAUCGUGGAUGGGCCAAACAUCUCCCGAAUUCAAUGCUCAUUUGAAAUUCUCCCAGAGUAUGAUGUCGUGAUGCUUUACGAUGAGUCAACAUCUCAAACUACUAAGUUGUUUGGUGACGAAGCCACGCCGUUCAAGCCUGGAUGCAAGCGUAGGGUCGUUAUAGGCGAACGGUUCAACAAUAUCAUCGGCAUGGGCGGUACCGGCUGUGAUCAAGUUCAAUUUGAAGUUGUAUGGCAUCGGGCUAAUUUCAAAGGGAAAGAAGAAGCAGAUCAUCGAAUAGAAAGCCCUCUACAGGCACGAACGGUGGACAACGUACCUACGGUUGUACCCUCAGAAAUCCCUACCCCAGACCAGUGGCCACCCAUACAAAAACCGACAAUUCGGCACAAAGCAUUGUCUGUUCUUGGUGAGGGAAGCUUUGGCGUAGUUUAUAAGGUUGUCGAUGUCGACUCGGGAAAAACCAUGGCAGCCAAAGCCAUUUCGCAACCUCAAAAUGGAUUCCAUGCCCAGCAAAAAGAUCGAUUGGAGCGAGAGAUUUUUGCGCUCUCCCAAAGCUCUCACAUGCUCCAGGCGCUUGAUUAUCUCACCUACAACGGGGUUAUCCAUCGGGAUGUUAAGCCAGCCAACAUCCUUUACACACCACUUGAGUCUGCUGGAUCUCGCUUUCUAUAUCAACUCACGGAUUUUGGAUUAUGCAAUUCCAUUGAUGCUGCUAGAUCAAUCGUUGGGUCGCCUAUGUAUCAGGCCCCGGAGAUACAAUCUCAGGCAGGGGCCAGGCAAACAUGCAAAGUAGACAUAUGGUCUCUCUUCGUCACAGUGGCAUUCGCGCUAAAUGUGAACCAAUACAGGAGCAGAAUGCUCAACUUACCCGCUGAAUGCGUUGAGGUUGCUUUGCAGGCCGCAAGGGCCCCUGAGUUGCAAACGAUCCAAGACAUGGCUGAAAUAGACCCCUCUAAGCGUCCGUCCGCAGCACAGAUGCUUGUAAAAUGUUACAACGGACAGGGUCUUACAACGCCACGUAACGAGAUCCCUAUUUAUCCUGAGGACACUUUCUCCAUGGGCUUCCCCACAGGUUUCCCGAGCCCACAGCCGCCGUCUUGUCUGGCAUAUGCCUCACCUCCUGCCGUGCUCAACGCACAUGGGAUGGGUACUGAUACUCAUAAUGGACUCCAAGUUCCCCAACGGCAAAUUGGAGCGCCUAAUCGAACCACAAGCGUGUUGCGCGCUCGAAGCCGGCCCCUCCCGCCAACCGAUAGUAAACGAGGCCCAACGCAGCACGGAUUCCCAUCAUGUUUGCUCGGAGACGGUGAAAGCCCUGUACAUCCCGGCUAA